UACAAAAUGCGUGAAUCAAAUACUACAGGCCUGUUUGCCCAUUUAGUGAUUACGUGACCCAAAAUAUUACAGGGCUAUUGCCCCAUCUACUUGUUGAGUGAUCCAAGUCGGAUUUACGGGGAAGAACCGAACCAUCCAAGGGGCUUCGUUUCGUUUUGGUGUUCACUUGAAGAAGAAGAAAAAACAGAAGAAAAACCCUCUUAAAAUACAGUCAGGGAGACAUAGGGAGAGAGGGAAAGCAAGUUUUGCAGUGGAAGAAACUAGCAAUUGAAACGGUGACAUAGAGGAAAAUGUUCAGGAACCAGUACGAUACGGACGUGACUACAUGGAGCCCAGCGGGGCGGUUGUUCCAAGUGGAGUACGCAAUGGAGGCUGUGAAGCAGGGCUCGGCGGCUAUCGGGCUCCGAUCCAAGACCCAUGUGGUCUUGGGUUGCGUCAACAAGGCUAACUCCGAGUUGUCUUCUCACCAGAAGAAGAUCUUCAAAGUAGACGACCACAUCGGUGUCGCCAUCGCCGGUCUCACCGCCGAUGGUCGCGUGCUCUCUCGGUACAUGCGAAACGAGUGUAUCAACUACAGCUUCACGUACGAGUCGCCGCUCCCUGUUGGGAGACUCGUCGUCCAGCUCGCAGAUAAAGCGCAGGUCUGCACCCAACGCUCUUGGAAAAGACCUUAUGGUGUUGGCUUGUUGGUGGCUGGCUUGGAUGAAUCUGGGGCUCAUCUCUACUAUAACUGCCCAAGUGGAAAUUAUUUUGAAUACCAAGCUUUUGCCAUUGGAUCAAGAUCACAAGCUGCAAAGACAUACUUGGAGCGCAGGUUUGAGAACUUUAUGGACUCCACAAGGGAUGAUCUGGUCAAAGAUGCUCUUAUGGCAAUAAGGGAGACCCUGCAAGGAGAAACUCUAAAAAGCUCAAUAUGUACAGUUGCUGUGAUAGGGGUUGGGGAGCCGUUCCAUAUUUUGGAUCAUGGAACUGUACAACAAAUGAUUGAUGCCUUUGAGAUUGCGGGAGAGCAAGAAGGUCCUGCCGCUGAACCUGAUGCUGCUGCAAGACAGGAGGCUGCAGCUGAGCAGGGUGGUUCUACUGAUGAAGGCGUAGCCCCAAUGGAUAUUUGAGGAUGCAAGAACCAGGGUCCAUCCUUGUCUUUAGAUGAGGUUUUCGAGCAUGUGUUUGCAGAUUUGAGUUAGGCAGUAGGCACUCGUGGACCGUGUUGAAUAUUUCCUUUUUCUCAUUCAAAUCAUCUUUAUCCUUGGUGCAAACAUGUCAAAAAUACAUUUACAUUUAUACUCAAGAUACAUUCAUUGAA